GUCGCCAUGGAGAGGUUUAUAUAUUCGACCAUGUAUUUAACAGGAAUGUACAAAUUCAGAUGUAUAUGGAUCUGUAGUAAAACCUUUAGUCGAUUCCUUCAUGGAAGGUUUCAAUGCAACAAUAUUUGCAUAUGGCCAAACAUCUUCUGGCAAAACACACACCAUUUUGGGCAAUAAAACAGAUCCUGGGCUUUUCCAAUUAGUAUCCAAUCAGUUAUUCCAGCAUGUGGCAGACCAGGUUGAUAAGAGAGAAGAUAUCAAAGGAAAUGUGCUGCUUGAUGCAAGGGAAGCUGUCGUAGACAAUGUUGAUAAAGUUAUGGAGAACAUGAUGCAGGGCAAUAAGAUCAGACGAGUUGCAGCUACUCGCAUGAAUGAGAGGUCAUCUCGAUCACACACGAUUUUCCGGAUUAUUCUGGAGUCGAAAGAUGCCAAUCAGAAAGAUGGACCUGUACAUAUAAGCUACCUUAACUUAAUGGACUUAGCUGGUUCUGAGAGAGUUUCUCUGACGAAAGCUGCUGGUGAGCGUCUUAAAGAGGGGGCUAACAUAAACAAAUCUUUGUCAGUAUUAGGAAAUGUGAUAAGGCAACUAAGCGAGGGGAAGGAGUUUAUCAGUUAUCGCGAUUCGAAAUUGACUAGACUGCUCUCACAGGCUCUUGGCGGUAAUGCCAAAUCAUUGAUUAUCGGGAAUGUUACUUUAGCUGCAGAGGAGGAGACUAGAUCUACACAGAAUUCGCCCAAAGCACUAAAACUGUCAAAAAUAAACCGAAAGUAA